GGUUCCAGAACGCAGCUUGCUCGGAGGUACCUCUUGUUUUUCGUGUGCAAAUGAAGAGGCUUUCCAGAGGCAGGGCGGGGCGGGGCUCCUGCUGGCGCAGAUUUGGCAGCUAGGGGUUUCAGGCUUCGGAUGCGAGCGUGCCGUGGGAAAGCUGCGCAUCUCCAGCCCAUCCGAGAGGAUGGACCAGACUUAGAAACACUGGAGACCUGCGCCUUGAGAACUGGGGUUCGCGAGUCCGCAACUCUGCGGGAGAAGCCGGAGAAUCUGGGGGAACCGGGUCCGCCUCUCGCGCCUGGGCUUUCAGAACUGUGAUCACUCCUCAGUCUCCGGAGAUAAUUCUUCCCGCCCGGAACUGAAAAGAAUGAACGUAUGGAUGAGUUGCGUUUUUGCAUUCACUGCUCUCAGCGUGGUGUUUUUUGUGGUCUUAUAUACCAGCCAGCUAAGCCCGUCCAGUCUCUACCAGCCGCUCAACAGCUCCAGCGAAAAGACUGUCAUUGCCUGUGAUUACGGCUUGCAAAAUCAUACGUUCCCCAUGUGGGAGAACACAUUGCCACAUCCUUUGGGAAGAAUCUCUUGCCAACUAUACAAGACCCUGAGCCACUAUAUCACCAGACCCCUGUCCGGAGAAGAGGCUGCCUUCCCCCUGGCCUACACUAUGGUGAUCCACAAAGACUUCAACACUUUUGAAAGGCUCUUCAGGGCCAUUUACACGCCCCAGAAUGUCUAUUGCGUGCACGUGGAUGAAAAAGCCCCCUGGAAGUUUAAAAAGGCGGUCUGGCAGUUACUGGAGUGCUUUCCGAACGCUUUUCUGGCUUCUGAGACUAAGAAGGUGGUCUAUGGGGGCUUCUCCCGUCUCCAGGCUGACCUGAACUGCAUGAAAGAUCUGUUGGCAUCCAAGGUCCGCUGGAAAUAUGUCCUCAACACCUGCGGGCAGGACUUCCCCCUGAAAACCAACAAGGAAAUAGUUCACCAUCUGAAAAGAUUUAAGGGAAAAAACAUCACCCCAGGGGUGCUGCCUCCAAAGCAUAUAAUUGUGCGGACUAAAUACGUCCACCAAGAACGUAGAGGCAAAGGUGGAUUUUUUAUGCAACAAACAAAUAUUUUGAAAACUCCACCUCCACACCAGCUGACCAUCUACUUUGGCACGGCCUAUGUGGCCCUCACCAGAGACUUUGUCAGAUUUAUCAUGAAUGACAAAAGGGCCAUUGAUCUCUUAGAGUGGUCUAAAGAUACCUAUAGUCCUGAUGAACAUUUUUGGGUGACACUCAAUAGGAUUCCAGGAGUUCCCGGCGCCAUGCCAAACGCAUCCUGGACGGGCAACCUCAGAGCUGUAAAGUGGAAUGAUAUGGAAGCUCAGCAUGGAGGCUGCCAUGGUCACUAUGUACACGGCAUUUGCAUCUAUGGAAAUGGAGACUUAAAAUGGCUAGUAAAUUCACAAAGCCUAUUUGCUAACAAAUUUGAGCUCAACACGUACCCUCUUACUGUGGAGUGCCUGGAACUGCGGCUUCGAGAGAGAACCCUCAAUCAGAGUGAAACUGCCAUACAACCCAGCUGGUAUUUUUGAUCCGCAGCAGCUCUGGCCUGGUGGGAAAUCAAAGGCGUAAAGAAGAGCCUUCCUCUCCAAGAGACUCUUGCCUUGGCUAUGCUGGAGGCUUCAAAAACGGGUUUCAGGAAAAUAUCAGGACUUGGCUUCAUGGCUAUGCUUAAAAUAUCCACUGGACACUGUGAUACAUUCACUGACCAGAUGGCUGGGUCUGCUGUCCUGGUGUUUUUAUCUAGCCUGGCCAUUUCAUUUGAAUGUCUUUCCUUCCUCUUCCGCCUCUUCUUUUUUCUUCUUUUUUAAAGACAAGCUCUUGCUAUAUAUCUCUGGCUACCCUGGAUCUUGCCAGGUAGCCCAGGAUGGCCUUGAACUCGGUUCUCCCACCUCCCCCCCACCCCCCCA